AUGCGUGCACUUAACGCACCUCAUACCGUGGACGCACCAUAUCGGAGGGACAGCCGCCAUGGUCCAAGCAGGUUUCGUAAUGAUUUGUGUAACAAUUGUAAGCGUCCUGGGCAUUUUGCUAGAGAGUGCCCUAGCGUGGCUGUCUGCCAUACCUGCGGGCUUCCUGGGCACAUUGCAGCUGAAUGUUCUUCCAAAGGUAUUUGCUGGAACUGCAAAGAGCCUGGCCACAUGGCUAACAGUUGCCCAAAUGAAGGGAUAUGCCGUAACUGUGGCAAGUCCGGCCAUAUUGCAAAAGACUGCACUGCUCCACCAGUGCCGCCAGGAGAAGUGAUCCUUUGCAGCAACUGCUACAAACCAGGGCAUUUUCGUGAGGAAUGUACCAAUGAGAAGGCCUGCAACAAUUGCCGGCAGAGUGGCCAUAUUGCCCGUAACUGCACCAAUGAUCCUGUUUGCAACCUGUGCAAUGUUGCUGGCCAUCUGGCCCGUCAGUGCCCCAAGUCUGAUACAUUGGGUGAGAGGGGUGGACCUCCUCCCUUCCGCGGUGUUGGCGCUUCCUUCCGUGGUGUUGGCGUUCCCUUCCGUGGUGACUUCAGUGACGUGAUCUGCCGGGCCUGCAACCAGAUUGGCCAUAUGAGUCGUGACUGCAUGGCUGGUGCCUUCAUGAUCUGUCACAACUGUGGCGGCCGUGGCCACAUGGCUUAUGAGUGUCCCUCUAUUCGUAACUCGCCAGCAGUAUUUGUAAUUCUGGAUUUGCUACUUGACUCCGAUGUUCUGAUGAUGGUAAUGUUUGAAGACGGGGAUAUCUGCCCUUAUGAACUCAAAUUCAUCCUGUGA